GUGUUAAUUUGAUGGUUGAGCGGCAGCAGAAACGUCUGCUGCUGGCCUCAUGAAGACUGCAGGUGUUGAUUUGAUAGUUCACGCCCCCCGAGCAUGAGUGUUGAAGGAGAGCCGAAGCGUCCCCGCACACAAGGCGGCGACUCGGCCGCUGCAAAUGAGAACACACCGGUGAGCAUCCGACAAGCGAACUCAUUAAGGACAGAGAGCGACUCACUGAUGCACCCUCACUUAUUGUGUGUGUGUGUGUGUGUUGCAGUCCAUCAGUGAGGGUUUGGUUCGUCUGGAGGAGCGCAUCGCAUCGCUGCACACACAGAUAGAUCAGGCAAGUCGCGGGCGCAUGAGGGGCCCAAUGGCCUCACUGCUGGUGUGCUCUUAUCCACUGUGUGUGUGUGCGAUGCCUGCAGGUCACACGAGAGGCUGCCGGUGUGCAGCAGCUCUCCAACACCACAGUCGCCGCACAGGUCAACCACACACACACAGACACGAGAGCACUGCAGCCGUCACUCUCUCCCUGGUUGUCUGUGUGUUUGGUGCAGACGCCCUUUCUCGCCGAUAAGUGGGUGAGCGUCUUCGCCGCUCUCUCAUCGGCUAAAGAUGCGCUGCGCGACGUCGAGGGUGGCGUCAAGGGCACCAUUCGGCCUGGUUGUCUGUGUGUUUGGUGCAGACGCCCUUUCUCGCCGAUAAGUGGGUGAGCGUCUUCGCCGCUCUCUCAUCGGCUAAAGAUGCGCUGCGCGACGUCGAGGGUGGCGUCAAGGGCACCAUUCGGCCUAUCGGCUGGGCCAAGCCGCCCCCGCCCGCCGACUCGGCCGACGGCCUGCCGCCUGAUGUCUGCCGCGACGUCAUCUACCCGUGCCUGCCCAUCGAUGAGGCCAUCUGCUCGGCCCGCCCCAUCAGCAGGGCGUACGGCACCCAACUCGUCAAUGAGGCCUUCGUGACGGCCCGCAUCGACGACCACCUCAGCCGCCACUCACUGACCGGCCUCAUCGACGUGCACCGGACAGCAGCAGACACAGCCAAUGCCGCGGCGCCCACCCCAGCCCCUCCGACCAGCAGCAGCAGCAGCAGUGACGCACCGGCCCCUGCUGGUGAUGCCGGUGGCGAUGGUGGUGGUCAUCAGUCGCACUUCGGUUAUCUGUCCCAGUGCUGCUAUGCACUCGAGCAUGGCGGGGCGGUGUGGUGUGAGUCGCCCGACUUCAUCCGCCCCACUCACAUCUACAAGCUGACGCCCUCGACUGGUGUGCCGCUGAUCAUGUCGCCCCAGUGGAUGGCGGCCCACCUGCCCACCAAGGCCGACUUCCACACCAUGCCCCUCGCCCUUCGCCAGUACAGCACAUUCGGCCACCUCCUCAACUACAGGGGGACCAGUCUCGCGCUCACAAAGGUGGAUGAGGCCGAUGAGGGCGGUGAGGGCAAGAAGGAGGCCGAGAGGGGGGAUGGAGAGGAGGGAGAGGGGGAGGGGGAGGAGGACGGUGGGGUGACAUGGCAGUGGUAUACCAUCGGAAGCGGCGAGCACGAGUGGCGGUUCGAGACGGUGCCGAAGUCCACCCUCCCUCCCCACCAUCCCUACCGCCGCACAUACGACCCCCACAACCCGCCCAUCCGCUACGGUGACUGCCUCUUCCCCUCAUUCACGGCCUUUAUGAAGUGGAUGGUGUUGUCGGAGUGGUACAAACAAGAGGGGGUGGACGAGAAGCAGGUAUUCGAGGCGACAGUGGGCCGUGGCGAUGAGCGCUAUCAGCGACUGCUGACCGGUCCCAUCGAGGGCCACACCACCGUCGACUUCAUCCACAGGGAGGGGAGGAAUGAGCGGCUGCGAUUCAUCUUCCUCAAGGGCAUGAAGGAGGGCGACACCGUCGCCGCCUAUCUGUACCUGAGCGGCGGCCGCAUCGUCCUCCUCUACACGACCGAAGCGGCCAUCGAGGGCCAGACGCGGCUGUCUGACCGAUUCCCCAUCGCGAUGUCAUUGGCCCCCACCCUGCUAACGAAAUACGGCCUCGCCCACAUCAUACCACAGUAGAGAACACACAGACAAGUGAGCCGCGGUGCGGAAGGGACAUUCACAUAGACACAAGAUGCAUGCCUUGAGUGCCCGGAUGACAUCUAUACAUGUACAGUACAUGUCGUUUGUCGUCUGAGAAUGAGUGGUCAUGUGUGAAUUACACUGACUUGCGGUAGGCGAGUUCACACAUAUCCAUGCAAUCAAACUGUGUCC